AUGCACAACAUAUGGGACAAACUUUCGAAGCCGCUCCCGGCGGAAGCGGAUGCUGAGGAGGUCGAACCCGUCAUCACAGCCAAAGAACGCGAGGAUCUCAUCGCCAAGCUCGAGAAGUACGAGUUUCAGUAUCUGGCAGAGGGCCGAGCCAACGUCGUAUUCACCAUCAAGGACGUGCAAGACCCUGCGGCGCCCAACGGGCUGUUCGCCGGCACUCUAGUCCGCGUCCCGAAGGCCACGCCGGGGGUCACGCCAUGCGACUACGAGACUCUUCAGAACUUUCAUGAGAAGUUGGUCGAGGUCCAUGUGGGCCGCGAGCACAUCGUGCCCCAGCUGCUGGUCAAGAUCUCGGAGGGCAUCGCAAGCACUCUAAACGCCAAGCGCGGCCACAGGGACGACGACGGCAGCGUCAUCCGCGCCGGCUACGCCAUGCUAAUCCAGGACAUGAGCCCGUCGCCCGGCGACCACCUGGCGCUCGAGUUCAAGCCCAAGUGGCUGGCGCAGUCGCCCCUCGCGCCGGCGGACGCGACGCGCUGCCGCACCUGCGCGCGCGAGGCCUUCCGCAACGGCCAGAAGCAGGCCCAGGGCAAGACGAUCUCGACGCCCAUCUGCCCCCUCGGCCUGCGCCACGCGAACCGCGCCGUGGUGAUGAGCACGAUGGACCGGCUCGCGCCGAAGUGGUCCGAGCGGGACCGUGAGCGCCUCGCCGACGCGCUGCGGGAGAGCGGCGUGCUGGAGCGGCUGCGCGCGCUGCAGAUGAGGGGGGACCCGGACCGCGCGCUGUUCGCCGACCCGGGGAACGCGUACUUCGGGCUGGCCAUGACGCUGCGCGACUGCUCGUGCUUCGUGCGCAUGCCCGUCGACGAGAAGGCCGGAGAGCCCGUCGUCGUCAAGCUGGCCGACGUCGACAAGAAGAACUGGGAGGAGAAGCAGACGUAUUGGCAGGACUCGCACAACAACCUCGUGGAUAAUGGCUGGUACACGGGGGAGGAGAAGGUGGAUGGCCCGCCCAUUGAGACGGCUUGUGUGCUGAGGCUCGACUAUUGCCUUGAGAACGGCAUGGUUGAUGACGUCCCUGCGCCUUUCCGUGAGAGACUGGGCCACCGCUUUUAG